ACACACACACACACACUCUCUCUCUCUGCCUUUUCAUACAAAAUGGGAGCACAGAAAUCUCUGCCGACACACAAUAACACCCACCAAAUCCGUUUGAUUCGUCUUCACUGAGCAAUCGUAACUCAUUUGUACAAGUUUCAGAAUGUUUCAUGAGUAGAUCAGUUGUAUUUCUCGACGAUUGCGAUCAGAUUAUGGAAUUCUGAAACGUAUCCUGUUCGUGAUUUUGGGGGGCAGAACCACGAGUGAAGAUGGGUGUAGUGAGCACCAUUUUGGGGGCAUUUGGUUUUGGAAUUGGGGUUUCACUUGGGCUUGUGAUUGGCUACUACUUCUUCAUUUACUUCCAAUCAUCUCAUGUCGAGAAUCCGAAAAUACGCCCUUUGGUUGAACGAGAUUCGAAGUCUCUGCAACAGAUGCUUCCUGAGAUACCCAUGUGGGUGAAAAAUCCUGAUCAUGAUCGGGUUGACUGGCUUAACAAGUUUGUUGAAUUAAUGUGGCCAUAUCUAGACAAGGCGAUUUGCAAGACUGUGAAGACGAUAGCGGAACCUAUUAUAAAAGAGCAGAUUCCAAAGUACAAGAUUGACGCGGUCGAAUUUGAUUCACUUACUUUAGGCGACCUCCCGCCUACAUUUCAAGGAAUGAAAGUAUAUACCACGGACGAAAAGGAAUUAAUAAUGGAACCUUCGUUCAAAUGGGCUGGGAAUCCUAACAUACAUGUAGCUGUUAAGGCGUUCGGGUUGAGACCCACCGUUCAGGUGGUUGAUUUGCAAGUAUUUGCUUCGCCUCGUAUCACCUUAAAGCCAUUGGUUCCGAGCUUCCCUUGCUUCUGUCAAAUUUAUGUAUCCCUCAUGGAGAAGCCUCAUGUUGAUUUUGGAGUAAAACUACUCGGGGCCGAUGUUAUGUCGAUCCCUGGUUUGUACAGAUUCGUUCAGGAAAUGAUCAAAGAUCAGGUCGCCACUAGGUUUUUGUGGCCGAAAACACUCGAGGUACCCGUGCUCGAUCCUGCAAAAGCGAUGAAGAGGCCAGUUGGAAUGCUGAAUGUGAAGGUUUUGAGGGCAAUGAAACUUAAAAAGAAGGAUUUUAUGGGGGCUUCUGAUCCUUAUGUGAAAUUGAAACUUACAGAGGAGAAGCUUCCAUCGAAGAAAACUUCGGUCAAACACAAGAACUUGAAUCCCGAAUGGAACGAGGAGUUCAAUAUGGUCGUCAAAGACCCCGAAUUGCAAGCUCUUGAGAUCGUCGUCUAUGAUUGGGAACAGGUGGGGAAGCAUGAUAAGAUGGGAAUGAAUGUUAUACCACUGAAAGAGGUAACACCAGAGGAACCAAAAGUUAUGACCCUUGAGCUUCUAAAGAACAUGGAUCCCAACGACGCGCAAAACGAGAAGUCCCGAGGCCAGAUCAUGAUCGAAUUGGUCUACAAACCUUUCGCCGAUGACAAACUUCCUGCUGAAGCCGAAGACGGGAAUAUGAUAGAAAAGGCACCCGAAGGAACCCCGGAAGGCGGAGGUUUGCUUGUCGUUAUCAUCCAUCAAGCCGAAGAUCUUGAAGGGAAACACCACACGAAUCCAUCCGUUCGUUUGCUUUUCCGAGGAGAAGAGAAGAGAACGAAGCCGGUGAAGAAAAACCGCGAUCCAAGAUGGGACGAAGAGUUUGCAUUUACGUUGGAAGAGCCACCGACGAACGACAGGAUGCACUUUGAAGUCGUGAGUACGUCUUCAAGGAUGGGUCUGAUUCAUCCCAAGGAAUCGUUGGGUUAUGUGGACAUACACCUCGGGGAUGUCGUGAGCAAUAAGAGAAUUAAUGAGAAGUACAAUUUAAUCGACUCGAAAAAUGGUAAGCUUCUAGUGGAGAUGCAGUGGAGAACCUCGAGUUAGAGGGUGGUCGAAGAAGAAGGGGAUUUGAACAGAUGUUCUUCGAGAUUUUUAUUAUUUCAAAAGACAGAUCAGAUACCAUCAAAUUAAACUGUUUAAUGUCACACGACACAUCGUUUUUUGGUUUCGGCCUUUUUUUAUUGUGUGAAGUUAUGUAAAAUAAACGAAAACGUUUUCCCCUCGCCUUCAUAAGUUAGUAACGACUUGCGAAAGCUUCAAUGCUCGUUCUAAA